AGCGCGCCCCCGGGGCCGGUCCCGGAGGGCAAGAUCCGCGUCUACAGCAUGAGGUUCUGCCCCUACUCACACAGGGCACGCCUGGUCCUCAGGGCUAAAGGCAUCAGACAUGAAAUUAUCAACAUUAACCUGAGAAAUAAGCCUGACUGGUACUAUACAAAACACCCUUUUGGCCAAAUUCCUGUCCUAGAGAACAGCCAAUGUCAACUGAUCUAUGACUCCAUCAUCGCGUGUGAGUACCUGGAUGAUGCGUACCCUGGAAGGAAGCUGUUUCCACAUGACCCUUAUGAACGAGCUCGCCAAAAGAUGUUAUUGGAGCUAUUUUGUAAGGUCCCACAUUUGACCAAGGAGUGUCUGGUAGCACUGAGAUGCGGGAGAGAAUGUGCUGAUCUGAAGGGAGCCCUGCGGCAGGAAUUCUGCAACCUGGGAGAGAUUCUUGAAUAUCAAAACACCACAUUCUUUGGUGGAGAUCGUAUAUCCAUGGUCGAUUACCUCUUCUGGCCCUGGUUUGAGCGACUGGAUGUAUAUGGGAUAGCAGACUGCGUGAAUCAUACCCCAUCACUACGGGUCUGGAUAGCUGCCAUGAAGCAGGACCCCGCAGUCAGUGCUCUGCUCAUAGACAAGAACGUUUUCCUGGGCUUCUUGAAUCUCUACUUCCAGAACAAUCCUAAUGCCUUUGAUUUUGGGCUGGUUUGCUGAGCCUCACGGUACCCCUUGCACCAUCCAAAAUUCCCAACAUGUAAUGAUUCUGUGUCAGGGUGGUCUUGGGAGUCGAUCUGUUUCUGCUCCUUUUCUUUGAGGUUCCAAAUAAAAAUGAAAACAUAAAAU